GAAACACCUGUGAUCAAAAAUAUAAUACCUGUAAUCAGAAAACAUAACACCUGUAAUAAAAAAACAUAACACAUGUAAUAAAAAAUAACGUAAUAAAAAACAUAACACCUGUAAUAAAAAACAAAAACACCUGUUAUAAAAACUAUAACAUCUGUAAUAAAUAACACAACACCUGUAAUUAAAAACAACCCACAAACAAUAGGUGACAGCAUAUGAAUCUCUACCCUGAGGAAUACCACCACCACCACUGCUGUACUUAGUGAAACGGGAAGAUCAAUUUUAUCAGUACUAUCAUUACUGCUCUCUUUUACACCCUGAUGAUGUGCGGCGCGCUGCCUCUCUUACCAGUUCUUAUGGCGACUUUUUACCACACAGAUGAGUUUUUCUGUUGGGGGGAAAUAAUAAGGCAUUAAGUUGAAAGAGGAAAAAAAAGUUGAAUGGGGGAAAAUGAGGUGAUUCUUAGGUGAUUUUCCUUGUGUUUUGCUUUUUGCUUCUGUUUAAAGGUGGAUUAUGUGUUAGUAAUGUGGUAAUUUACUGUGAAGUUGUAUGGUGAUUUGUUUUUGGGUGUGAUUUGAUGUUUAUGUAUGAAUGUGAGGUGUGGUGUUAACAGGUGAGAUAUAAUGAUGGGUCUAUAGUCUUUACCUGAGCUGUAUUAUCGUCAUGAAUUACUUAGCAACUGUUUUUUGUUUUGUUUUAAUGAUGUACAAAAAAUCGUAGUUAUGAUUAUUGUAGAUUAGAUAGAGGAAGAGAUAUUUGGGCUUCAGGUAUGUUGUGGCAGGUGUCUGGGAUCAGGUGUAUAAGGUGUGGCGUAUGAGUGUUUAUCAGCAGCGUGGUGUUGAGACAAUGUAGAUUAGCCUUGAUAAUGGAUAUAUUGUUUUGUAUAUUGUAUAUGGUAACUCGUAAAGUGACGGUGUGGGUGGAACAUUGAGUGUACAGUGGUGUGGAACAUUGAGUGUACGGUGGGUGGAACAUUGAGUUCACGGUGGGUGGAACAUUGAGUGUACGGUGGGUGGAACAUUGAGUGCACGGUGGGUGGAACAUUGAGUGUACGGUGGUGUGGAACAUUGAGUGUACAGUGGUGUGGAACAUUGAGUGUACGGUGGGUGGAACAUUGAGUUCACGGUGGAUGGAACAUUGAGUGUAUGGUGGGUGGAACAUUGAGUGCACAUGACUUUACGGAGGUGUGUGUUAUCCUGAGAGAGUGACGGUGGGAGUGAGCGUGCAGGUGGUCUGGUGCGGUGUGCGCAUGCGCAGGUGUGGUGAGCGGCGCGUGAGUGAGGAGCGCGAGGCCGGCGGGGCUCAGUGGUGAACCCGCGCGCCCUGAGGACACAGCCGCACACACCGCCCGCAGCACGGCGGCUCCACGCGCCCACAACACCCUCACCUCUGACACACCUGCACUCCCGCAACCACUGCCUGCGGUCACACGCAACUACACCCGUGGUUCCCGACCGCCGCCGCCACGCUUGUCCACGUGCAACGCUGCGGCUUCUUGAGCCAGUGGCACUGACGCGGGUGUAUCAGCAACACGUGCAGGGGCGCCACCCCGGGGGAGGAGGUGACGGAGUGUACUCAUGGGUGUGUGGGUCUAGUGCGCAGUGAGAGUGUAGUUAGGGGCUGUGAGAGCGCCCUGGGGAGGUACAGUAGUGCGAGGCCCCUGGUGAGAGGCCAGGAGCCCCGGGGAGAGUGAAGCUCGAAGGAGAGCAGAGUGAGUUGGCGGGGCAGCAGGAUGCACCUGGGGGAGGAGAUGGGUGACUGCUGGUGGUCCGAGCGGGCCCUGACGGAGCUGCUAGGGGAGCACCCGGGGGAGCUGGUGCGCACGGGAAGCCCCAACUUCGUGUGCACCAUCUUACCGCCCCACUGGCGGUCCAACAAGACGCUGCCCGUCGCCUUCAAGGUGAUCGCCCUGGGCGAGGUGGGCGACGGCACACUCGUCACCGUCCGUGCCGGAAACGAUGAAAACUUCUGCGCUGAGCUGCGCAACAACUCGGCCGUCAUGAAGAACCAAAUCGCCAAAUUCAACGAUCUGCGGUUCGUGGGCCGCUCUGGUCGGGGAAAGAGCUUAACCUGACCAUCACCAUCAGUACGUCACCGCCUCAGGUCACCACCUACUGUAAAGCCAUCAAGGUCACGGUGGACGGCCCCGGGAACCUGCUCCAAGGCUC